AGCCGAAAUAAACAAUCCGAAUGCCUUGAAAAUGAAAGGGCUGUUGAUGCAAUGUGUUCAUCAAGCCUUGUCUAUGGUCAAAGAUCAGGACAACAGCGACCAACGAGCAACAACAAGAAUACGCAUAGUUUUACGAACACUACGUGGAUUGACAACAAAGAGUGAUCAGGCAGAGGACAAGCAAGUAUUCUUGUCUGGCAUCAUCUUAUGGCUAACAGAAUUGCUAAGAGAAAAGGAAAAAAACACUGAUCCUUCAUGGGCUAAAGAGUGGAUGUCACAUGAGGCAGCUGCCCUUGAAAAAAUAAUAAAGAACGGGACGUUCAGACGUUCCUGUUAUCAGUCACUCAUGUCAAAAAUGACACCCGUAUUGGCCGGAAUAUUUUCCUUUCUGGAUACAAACAACAAUAUGGAUCUACUUGAAUGCGACAUAGGCUGGAAACAAUAUUUUUGGCUGAAGUUUUUCAAUCAACAAGCGUUGAUUCCUUUAAAGUACUCAGACAUUCAGCAGUCAGAUGGUUCCAUAUUAAAAGAAUACACCGUGGAGUGCACGGGAUAUGAAGGUCACCAUUUCGAAUCCAAUCUUCCAUUUUCCUGGGUUAUCAUUAAAUUGGUAGAUCAGCUCAUCCGACAACUGGAAUUCGACGAGCAGCAAGAACCAAUUCAAAAAUGUUCCCGUUUGCUUCUGAGUGGGCAUUGUGGAAAUGUUCUUGCUGAGCUUCGCGAGAUGGCUGCCAAUCAUGACUCUCUGCGAGAUAUAUUACAAAGCUACGUUCAUGAUUUUGCACACACUAUCUACAAGCCAGAAAGGGAAUGUGAAAUGGAUAUUGUGUGUAAAAGGGUAAUGUCGAAAGCCAUGCAGAUAUGCCAAAACAGCGGAGCACGCACAGACCUAAUUGAGCAUAUCAUAUGUGUUCACAUUGCAUAUGAACGUUCGUCUCAUUUUUUGUCGGUGUUUAGAUCCAUUAACAGUGUAUGGGAACAAUGUAGCAAAACCAUCAAAACGGAAGAUUUGUCGUUGGAUGAUAAUUUAUUUAUACUUACUGCCCUGCAUGGCCUCGUAACGGAUCUCACCCCAACAGCUACUGGGCUUAAGGAAGGCUCAGCACAAAGGGACUGGCUUAAAAAGGUUUCCUUUUACCGCCCUGUUGUCGAAACCAUCUUAACAUUGAGCCUGCCGGAUGGAUUUCAACAAAAUUGCAAACAAUUAUCAAUACAAACCAAGUCAAUGUGGGACAGAGUGGUUAUAAUGAAGCUCUUCCUUGAGAACGUUUGUUCUGAUGAAACAGAAAACAAAGUUAAUAUCUCAUUUUCGAUGACGCUCUGGAAGUUACUAGGAGAUGACGUCAACAUGAAGGAAACGAAAACAUUUCAGCAGGUGGUAAAGUUUUUAAAACAAUGCAACAUGAAAGCUUGUAGCGAUUGUCAGGGUUCACAGGUGAAGUGUGACCUCUGUGAAGCGAACUUUAAAAGUGUUCCACUCUCGCUUCCGUGUUCAAAAGUGCAUGCUGUUUGCGAAGCGUGCUACCGAGAAAUGCAAGCCAAUAAAGAAACGUGUUGUCCAAAAUGUGAAGAGAAUUUAGGCAAGGAUUGGAAAGCUGUAAAAGACAUCAAAAAGAAAAUCGGCAACGAAAUGCUAGAGAAUUACCAAAAACGCUGCAACACAUUUUUUAUCGAGAUCUUGACUCAAUUAUGUUUUGUGGAUAAUAUGCCUCCUUCAAGAGAGAUUGUUGAGACGUUACUUGAAUAUGUGACAUACAGAUCAAAAUCUGGACACACAUUCACCAAAAGCUUGAAUCUAUUUGACACUGGACUGGAUCCUACUCCAAUUUUCAGAUCGUUGCUUCUGCAGCUUUUGUUACGAACAAGUGACGAAAGCUAUAUUCUUGGGUACCUGAAACAUCAUGUCGAACAUAUUAAAUAUGCUUGCUCCACCAGUCCAAUCGACGUAGUUGAAAUGUAUCUAUUAAUAAUAAACUGUUGGGAGGAUAUUAUGCUACAACAGUUCCAAAAAGACGACCAGAUGACGUGUGAUAAAGUUUAUGAGGCUACUGAAAAUAUACGAAUGAUACAGAGUCCACAGAAAUCUUCAGAAAUUGAUUUCACCAAACAACUAUACAGUAUUGCAAGUACAAAAACGUGUUUAGCAAUAGCAGCUCGCUGUUUAUUCAAAAUCACAAAGGAUAGAUCAGAUGUACACCCUGUCAGAAAUGAAGACAAAAUAAUAAUCGAGGCUGCAAAGACGUUGUGCGAAGACGCAGAAUUAAAAUGGCCUAAAAUAUAUCUAGUCAAGCACAUAUGCCGUCGGUAUGGUGUAGAGGUAUAUACAUACCUUUCGAAUUGCAAUGAAGACAGUUUUAACUGGGUUUCGUUUGGAGACAACAUUAAAACAAAACAGGUGGUUGUAGCAGACAAUUACAUUGUUUGUGGUCAAUCAUACAUUCGUCUGCGGGAAGCCCUUACACGAGUUAUUAUCGGUGACAAUAUCCAAAAUAUGCAAACAAUCAUACAAGAGAUGCUUGACAGCAAAGAACACUACGAAACGUACCUCUGUUUGGCGAUACAUCGUGAAAUCGCUAGCGCAUUCUUUUGUUCAAUAGAUCCUGUGUUAAGUGAGAAUUUGAAGACACUUACAGAAUUCAUUCAACAGAACAGUUUGUUCAACAAAUCUAAGGAGUUGAUCAUGAAUCUGACAAAGAACACUAUUCAGCCUGAUUUUCUCGUACUCGCUUCCGGAACCGACAUAUUACAUCAAAGCGUUCAGUGUUUGAUGACACACCUCAAAAUAGUGAUGUCAAACAUGGACCAAGGCUCCGAAAUUGCCGGACCGUUCAUUGCUUUAAUGAAAGGGGAUUCAAUUAUAACGGGCAUGUUUUUACCAACAAUGCCAGAAGAUAAUUGGGAGGAGAUCCGAGAUGUUUUACUUGCGGGAAAAGAUGGAAACCUUGUGGUCUAUGCUUGUCCGAAUGGUCAUCGGUAUACGAUUGGGGAAUGUGGUCGCCCCACGGAAACGUCGAUAUGUCCGGAAUGUCAGGCAGAAAUAGGUGGAGUAGACCAUGAUUCUGCCGAAGGGAACGUUCGUUUAACUGGUCAAGAUUCUACACAGAAAGGGCAUAUUUUGCAAAAAGCUGUUCAAGGUGGGUCUCCACGACCUGAAAGGGACCUAAUGCCAGUGCAAUGUGCAGCAAUUAAGCUCAUUCUUCACAUGGCUAUGUUCUUAGGACCGGUUGAUUCGAUUAAAGAUAUUAUUCACCCAAACGUUGAAGAGUCCGAAAUGUCUGGAUUUUUUAUGGAUCACAUCAAUGCAAACAUCGAAGAAUUACAGACGAUACUUAAAUGCAACGCAGAAGAUGUGGUCUUACUAAUGCACUGUGUUGUAAAUGGAAUGAUGUUGCACAGAGAAACCAAAACUGAAACCUACUGCAGACUCCAAACAAAAGGCGAUCGCAAACAAUGGGAAAAUGCAUUUUCUGCCGAGAUAUUGAAUGGCGUGUUUGGGAAUCGCGACCAACAUUUGAAAACACUCUCUCAUGUUAUAGCAAGCGAUGAACGUUUAGGUACCGAUCCACUCAAGAAAUUGAUAUAUGAAGUCGAUAAUACAGAAAAUGCGACAGACAUACCAAAUAACAUACUAGAAAUGCGAAGCGCAUGGUGCUACCGCUCUCCAAUAACACUAGAGCAUAUACGCGUCCAACUUGACACUGCAGCAACAAAUAACAGACACACAACAUUAAAGCAUUUCUUAAAAGAGGACUACAUUCUGAAAGCAGUUCGUUGUCUUCCAAAUAUUUUGCGACUCCAGCGAAUUCUUCUUCAACGAUUCCGAAAACGAUUAGACAAAGCAGAUGCAAAAAAACUAACAGUAAAACAUAUGAAAGAUGACAUGCAUGCUGGACCACACACGACACAUCUCAUAGAAGAAUUUGCAAACGCUUGGGAUAUUACUAGAAAGAACCUGGAACAUUACGUCUGUCGCACACAAUUCGGCUUUGUGCGUGUCCCUAAUGAGUUUUCACGUACACCAAUACAUGACGGUACACCUCUGGCAGUGUUUUUGCCCGCCACAGAUGGACCUGGGUUGUGCUCGUAUGUUAUGACGCACUUUCUUUGUCAUAAACAGAAUGAAAUGAUGAACGUGUAUAUAGAAUCAGAAAGACAUUCGGAAAUACAAAAAAUAGCUCCUAUGGACAUAGCGGCAGCUCAUCUGAUCAGCUACGAUGAGGACAAUGACCUGAUGCCUUUAGUAUUAGCAAAUUGCCACUAUGCGUUUGAAGUUGGUGUAGGAACGCAAAUCGAGUACGAUCUUGUAGGUCUGGAGAGACAAGUGAUGGAUAGGUGUUUGUUCUCGAAGUCUUUGAUUGACCUUAAAAAGAUACCGAUGGUCGACGUGAUGAUAUACAGAACAGAACUUACAAAUAAGGCUGUACUUGAGAGAAUUGCACAGACAAUUCCUCAGGCCAAACUAAGCAGCGCUAUUAAAACCCAAAUUUACGACGAGUUGAGGUAUCUUCCGGACGUAUGUACCUCACUUCAAAACCUUGACAUUGCCAUCAGUUUCCUUCAAAUAACUGGUGGAGAUUCUGACAAAUCUCUAAAAACAUUCAUGGAGGAGAGUCUGCAGAUGGGUAGCACGUUGCUGAGUCAAACGGCUUGCAAAUCAUGUGAGCUUCAACAUGCACAGGCAUUGUGGCUUUUGGUGUCCUUUCAAAAAUCCAAGAUACAAAUCGAUAGUGGACAAACUAAUGAGGAAACAUUUGAGACGUUACCAAAAGAAUUUCUAUGUGACAUACCCGAAGAUAUUGGUAAAAAGUUCCUAACGUACGUUAGGGAUUUGAGUUCUGAAAAAUUGUUAAACAUGCUAGAAAAACUUCACGAAUUUCUAAUUCUACAAUUACCAGUUCGUGAAAACACCGACGAUGAAGACUAUGUCAAUAACACAGAAUAUAGUCUUUUCGAUGGAUUGGAUUCUCUAAUUGAAGACGAAUUCCUCCUUGCUAGUUUUCCGAAAGAGGUAAUGUUCAAACAUAGUGUCCAUGCAUGGGUUAUGGCAUAUGAAGAGCUAAAAGUGAAAACCGCACGGAAGUAAAGACAGGAAUUAAUGUGUGUGCGUGUGAGUAAACACUCAGAUGAAAUUAUAUACAUAAGUAUGUAUAUAUGUAUGUAUUUUUCACACCCAUGUCCUUUUGUGGAACAUCUUAAUUUUCAAAAAGUGUAUGUUCAUUGUAAAAUAGUAU